GGUCACCACCAAUCCAAUACAGUACUUGCAGGCAACUGCAACACAGAGAGAGAAAACUCCCAAAGAACUCAUCAUUCUUUAGAAGCCAAAAGAAUGACUUAUGAAACAAAACCACAAAGUUCUGAAUUACACCAAGAUGAGGAAGAUACAAAUGUGAUUACUACUGAUUUCAAGAAAGUUGGCCAUCUUGACAUUGCAGUUAUUUGUUCCAUAUGUGAAGGAGCAGUACACAUUAAUAAGCUUUUUCAUCAUAAAAAGGCCCAUCAGGCUCAGGCUGUAUUGGAUUAUCAACGACCAUGGACGGAACCAAUAGAUAUAAACAAAAUAAGUUUCCAGAGAAAACAACUAAUUUUAAGAAUGAAAAAGGCUGAUAAAUUCACUGAACGCGAAAGAGAAAAAAUUGGCUGUUCAUUUGAUCUCCUUAAAGAAACCCUCAAGAUUGCUCCAUAUUUUCACAUCAAGAGUGUUGCUCAAAGUUCAGUGCAUAUUGAAGUGGUAAGUAAUCCACUGAUCAAAGCCAUAGCAAUUUGUCAAGACAAAAAUGUAGUUUGGCACACAGACUUGGAAGAUGUUUUUGUUGUGUUAGACAACUAUGGAAACAGAAAAGGGACAUGUUUUCUUGGAGUCUUUGAUGGAACUAAUGGUAUUUCCGCUGCUCAGAUAACUUCAGCUGAACUUCCCCUCUUAUUUCUUGACCAGCUUUCUCUUGGAGAUCCUUCUUAUGAAGUGAGCGAAGCUGAGAGAAAAGUGCUAGAUUCAUUUCAUACAAUCUUUAGGGCAGAUUACAAAGUAAGAGAAAAAGAUUUCACUUUUAAGAGAGUCAAAGGCAAGAUAUCUCAGCUAAGAACUCAUGAAUGGAUUCACAGGGCAUAUGCAAAAUCUUUUUGGCGGAUGGACAGACUUUUACGACUUGGGAGAAAUGAAGUUUCUAGAGUUCGAUGGAGCAGCUGUGCAGCUGUCACUUGUUUAGUGGAAAGGAUAAACAAUGAGAAGGAAAAAUGGGAUCAAGAGAGAAAUAAAAUAUUUGAAAAACAACAUGAUGUCAUACAACAGGAAGAGGAGGUACCUGAAAAGAUAAUUGGAGCAAAGGAAAAAAGCAACACAGAACAAGGGUCAGGCAAUUUUGAGGAACAGCAAAAAGACGAGCUGUCUGAAAGAACAAAUGCAGAAAACGAACAGAAAUUUAUGCAACAGAAAGAGAUGCUUGAAGAGAUAAGCAACACAGACCAAACAAUGGGCAGUGUGGUGGACGAGUGCAUGGAGGAAUCAACUGAAAGAAUGAAUGAAGAAAAGGAACAGACCAGCAUAGAAAAGGACAUGGUGGUGAAGGAGUUGUCUGAAGUGAUAAGCAAAACAAAGAGAAAAAGCAGCACAGAAAGAACAAGUUGUUUCAUAGAACAGCAGAGGGAGAAGCCAACUGAAAGAAUGAAUGAGCAGGAACAGAACAUCGCACAACAGGAGGAACUACUUGAAGGGCUAGGUGGAGUGAAGAGAGAACACAAUCGAGAAAGAGGUACAGGUAGUACCACUGUGCUGUGGUUGGAAGAGCCAACUGAAACAUUGAAUGAGGAAAAGAGAGAGAACCUUACAGAAGUAGAGAAGGAGCUCACUGAGAGGAUAGAGCGAGCAAAGGGGAAAACUGACAUGGAAGAAGAAACAGGCAGCAUUACAGAGCAGCAGACAGAGAGACCAAUUGAAAGGAUAAACGAGGAAAAGGAUCAGAAUGCCAUUAAGCAGGAGCACCUACCAGGAGAUUUAAGCAAGGCAAAGAGAAAAAGCAGUGAAGAACGAGGAAUGGUUAGUAGUACUGUGGAGCUGUGGAGGGAAGAGUCAACUGAAAAAGUUAGUGAAAAAAAUGAACAGAAUAUCAUACAUGAGGAUGAAGAGCUCUCUGAGAGGAUAAUCAAAGGAAAGGAAAAAGGCACAACAAAAGAGCAGCAACAGAAGCCUCUUGAAAUAAUAAAUGAUGGAAAGGAAGAGUGUAUUACAGAGCUAGGAGGCAAUGAACAGAGCACAAGUAACAAAGAUGGGAUAGAGGAAGAGAGUCUGCUUGAAAACUGUCCCAAUGAAAACAGUGUUGGAGUACUGCACAUUGCUAAUAUAGGUAAUGUUCAUGCAGUUUUAUGCAAAGAUGGGAAAAGCUACUGGCUUACUAAAGAACACAGCACUUACUGUGGAGAAGAAAAAAUACGUAUUCUUCAGAAUGGUGGAUAUAUCAGCAGUAAUGAACCCAAAGGACUGGUAGAAGGACUUAUCAAAAAUACUCGUGGCCUUGGCCAUCAUGGAAAUCCAAAGUUGAAAAAAACUUUUAUUCCUGUACCACAUACAAUCUCUUUUCCAGUUGAUGACUCAUGCCAGUUUCUUAUUUUAGCUACUAAUGGACUUUGGGAAGUUCUGGAUAAAAAUGAAGUAGUACUAUUAACAUUAAUAUUGUUUUCUGCUUAUUUGGAAAAGUACCAACAUGAUCAACUAAAGAAAAGCUCCAUGCCUGAAGAUUCAACAUCACCUGCGAGGGAUUUGAAAGAUGAAUUCUAUUCAUGGUAUUCAAAUCAAGAUUUUUUCCCAGAGGACAUAAAUCUAAACCAAGAUAAUGUACGGUUAAUGGCCCCAACAAAUGACAAUACAAAAGAAAAAGAAAUUAUUCAGUCAGGGUCCUUUAGAAAGAAUUCAGAAGAGCAAGAAUCAGAAAGUUCUUUAGAACCACCUUUUAUGGAUCUAUCAUUUUCAGAAGAUACAACAGAAAGUGACGAAAAAACACCAUCAGCAUCUAGUACUGAAGAAGAUCCAAAGGAAGCCCAUAAAUCUUCAGAAACAUCAGAAGAUUCUGAAAAAGAUUCUUGUACAUUUCAUGCCCUUGCAGCUAAGUAUAUUAGUAAGCACCUUGUAAAAGCUGCAUUAAAAGCAGGUUCUAGAGAUAAUAUUACUGUUUUGGUAGCACUCUUAAAUGGCUGUGAUAAGAUCCCUAUGUAUGUUUAUCAAUGACAGUGUAUUCAUGGGAAGGAAAAACAAGAACUGCACUUCCACCCAUUUUAUGAUAAGUUGUGCCAUAAUAAAUAAACAAAAAUGA